AUGCUGGACUCAUCACCAGCAGUUGUAAAAGUCUCUGAGCAGUCUUCUCAUGCGACAGUAAAUGAUGACUACAAAAAGAAAUCACCUGCUUUUCAACCUCAGCCGUGGUGUGGACAGCAUCUUACCGGUCAAAAGCCGGCUCCGUUGAAGAAUGUCUACAAUUACGCUCAAAUGGAUGAAUGCAAAGAGAAAACACCCAUGUGCCGUAUCGCUGAAUUAGCACGUUUUAAUAAGUUGAAACACGAAUAUAAACUUAUGGACGAAAGUGGACCAGCCCACAAGAAACGUUUCACCGUAUCGUUGAUACUCACACCCGAUCAGGUGCAUCUGUUCAUCGCUACUUUUUUCUGA